AUGAGUAAGUUGCAAGUGAACGAUGGAGGGACGACCAAUGUGACCUUCCCUGUUGGAGAGUCUGUGCAACGACACGACAACACUAUUUUGUUCUUCUUUAUUGAUGGAGUGAAGGACGAAAGAGGGAGAAAACAAUCUCAGCGGCUGCCAGCUGUACAAAAUGAAGCUCAUGGAAACCAGGCUGUUCCUCCACCUGUUGCUGACAAUGCCACCCCCGAAAAGAACAUUCGUCAACAAACUGGAGCAGAGGAGUUAGAUGGCAAAGGAAACGAUACAUUCCCAACUGAACGUGACUUUGCUUCUCAUGGAACGGGUUCGGCUUCCUUGACAAACAUCAUUGAUCGUCAAAAAUCUCAGAAGAGAGUUGCUCCAGCAACAGAAGACGAUACUGACGACUUCGACGACAGUGUUAAAGAAGAGCGCACUAUUGAUCCACCGAGCACUAAGCGCAAGCCCGAAUUGAGUACAACUUCUUUAAGCUUCAACGUUCAAUUAAUUAGAUUUUGUUUUUAUAACAAUUUGAUACAGUAA